AUGGCAGCGCAAUCUGACAGCGAAUCUCGCCCAGUAGCAACGGAGACCCCUCGAAAUGUGGUAGGUCGAUGUUUUAUCCUUUUAGAUUAAGCAUGUAGAUAGCCCAGCUUUUGUUGGCCAUCUGCUAUACCAAGCCUGAGUUGAGAUUAACCAAAUCCGCGUGCUCCGUAAUGGGCGGGCUUUUUUUUUUACAGCUGCUUGCAGGUUUAAACAAGCUUACAUGUGUCCCACAAUUAACAUUCAGGUGCUAUCCAAUUUUCGCUAUUGUAGCCAGAUUUUCCUCGCGGAUCAGCCAAAUAUUUAACUUAGUUUAUUCCGACUUUUCUUCCGAAGUAGUUCAGCUCCCAGCGAGGGCAAAAUUAAUUCAUUUUGUUAGUUUUGUACCUUCGGUUCACAAUGAUCGUCUAAUUUUUCGAUGUUUCCGAUUUCUUUCCCCCAAACACUUUUAUCGCCAGCCCGAGAAGUCUAAAAUUUCAUGAUUGUAAUCGUUAAUUAGAAAAAAAUCUGAACUUUGUUUUGAAAUCCUUUGUGUGAGGUCUUCAUAGCAAAUGUCUAUUCACGUGCUGAUCUGGAUUUUCUUCCUUUAGAAUAUUUUGAUUUUUACUCCACUGUAUCUAAGAAUGUAGACUUGGAAGCGGAGAAAACGAGGGCCUUAUUGCAUAUUAAAGAUCGAGCAGUUAAAUACAGCCCAAUUAAUUCCAGGAAUACUCAAAAUUUGCACGUGCAAAACAUUCAAAAGAGUCUUCACACCUUGGAAGUAAUCAAAGAACUUCUUCUCAAAAUCAAGAUUCAACCCUUUCAUGAGGAUUGACUUCACAUUUAUUUCAAACCUACAAGCCUUUAACCCCACAAGCCACACAUACAUUUUACUUCUAAAUGUGAGUACUAUGAGUGAAAUUCAUGGUGAUAUUCAAGGCAACUGUGAAGUAAGAGUGAAAUUUCCUUGUGGGAUUUGUUUCCAAGGCUAAUUAGUUGAUAUAUUGUUGUGUGGAUAUAAUUUUUCGUACCUUUUACAUCUUUGUUCUGGAUUACAUUAACUCCCAAGAAACAAUUAUUCUUGCAAUUAAAUCCUGUAUACUUCCUUAUAAUUAAGACAGAAAAAUCCAACUUUAACCCUUUCACUUUCAAGAUCUCAAUAAUAAUUCUCUUUACUGUCUGCUGUACAGUUCUUAUAAUGUUACUUUAGAGAAUUUGGUAUUAGAUCAACUAAUAAUCACCCAAUGGAUAUUUUUAUUUAUUCUCAUCACUUGUUAGCUUAAUAUUAUUUAGUUUUUGUCAGGAGAAAUUCUGAUUUGGUCACUCAUGGGAGUUCUAGGAUAAAAUCAAGAUAACACCCUCUGGUCGACAAGCUCCUCUUUUCUCACAACCAAUUAUUAAGAUAAUGUAUUGGAAUCACAAUGAGCAAUUACAAGUUAAUCUCUUCUGGCUGUAAAGGGAUUCAUUUUUAAUUGUUAAAACAGUAUGUUCCUCAUCAAAUUGUGAUGCUUCAAAAUUUAAUCAGUUUUCCCAGAAAUAAUGACAUUGUAGACCACAACUUUUUAGAACAUCACUUGAAAGUCGUAAUAUUUUGUUGUUUUCUGUGUAGUGAUUCACGCUUAAGGUUAAAAAUAAUUACUAAGGUAAUUGCGCCACUUUCAUCUUAAUGCCUUCCCAGGAGUUGAACUUCAGAAGCACACCUAUACCAUUUGAAUUUCCAGAGGCCAUUCUGUCAACUCCUCUGUCUUCUGCAAUACCACACAAUACAGCAAGAAUGGAGUCGAACUGUAGAGUGUUUAGUCCAAUUCCUUUUCAGUCCAGGGUUCCCACUCCAUAUCCUCUGUUUGACUCUGUUUCUACUGUAAAAGGUAAGGCUUGAAAAAAGAGUCCAGCACCCUAUAGGUAAUGACUGAUCUUGGUUUCAUUGCCAUGAAGUGACUUGGAGUAUUGCUUCUCUCUCCCUCCUUCCCUACCCCCCUCCCCCAAGGAUAAGAUGUUAUUUAUUUGCAGGAUUUGCUUUCCCCUCCCUCACCAUUUUUUUUUUUAAAUUCCCCUUGCAGUGCACCAACACCCAUGUUUUACAUAGGUAGAGGUUUUGUCUCUUUCAAGAGCAAAAAACGCAUUGAAUCAGACUUCAAGAGUCCAUCCUAAGCCUACUACAUAAGAAGUGUUUAGAGAGAAAAUUUUGGGGCAUUUUAUUUGCUUUUUUUUAUAAGAAAAUAUUUAAAACAGCAUAAGAAGACCUGUUAAAAUAAUUUAAAUAUCAACACUUCAUCUCAGUGGUAUGACCAGCUCAAGAGAACUAGUCACACAAGAUUUUAAGAAAGCUCUUCACUCAAAGAAGCAAGAAGUACUUUACUAUAACCUGCAAAUGAACUUUCUUCAUUGCAGGUCAAAAAAGUAAUUUCUUUAUUUCCCUUCAAAGGAUUGCAGUUCCAAUAAGAUAUAAAAAACAAUUUGUAUGUAAAAUUCAGAUCAGGAGAAGGAAGGGGUGGGGGGGGGGGAGGGGUAGUUUUAAGUGUGUAAAAGACAAUUUGAAAGUAACAAAUAUCACCAAAUGUGUUGUGAGAUGAAUCACCUCUAAACCUGUGGUUAGAAUAUCUGACAAAAUCUUAACAGUUAUUUUGACAAAGAUUGUUUAUAUUGUUGAAUACAGGUAAUGGGUUAAUAAUAUUUUUUUUAUUUUGUGAAUGUUUCAUGAAAGUCUAGGACAUUCCAGCACUAUCAUGACUGCAAGGUCUUCAAAUUCUAGUCUGUGCCCUCCAUUUUCAUGUGAAAAUUUUAUUGAGUUCACCCUUUCACUCCUAAGAUCUCAUAAAUAAUUCUCCUUACUGUCUUCCAUAAAAUUCUUACAAUGCUGGUUUGGAAAAUUUGGUAUUGAAUCAGCUAAUAAUCCCCUAAUUGAUAUUUUUUACUAUUCUUAAAUCUCAUUACUUGCCUGCCUACUAUUGCAUUGAUAAUGUAAGGAGAAAUUCUGUUUUGGUCACUUAUGAGAGUGAAUGGGUCAAGGAGAUGCUCUCUUUGCAAAAUUUCUCUUAAAUCAUCAUCAAAUCACGUUUUUCCAAAUAAAGUAAUUUCAAUUGUGGGGUGAAAAAAGGAAAAAUGUUAAGCAACAUGAAUUCAAAUGUUAUGCCUUAUGACAAACUGAGCAUUUUUGCUGAUAAGAAGAUUAAGAAGGUGAAUUGUCUGGGAUGAUAAUGCAUCACAUGAUUUUUAACCUUUUUCCCUCAACAAUGUUUUUGGUGUUUGGAAAAAUUAUUAUUUUGUGUCACUGCUAUUGUUUAUUUUAACAGAUUGGCAAGGACCUUCUCCAGAAAACAGAAUGUUUUCCCCAUCAUGGGGAUUUGAAUCCACCGUAUCCUUUAGUCAGCAGUUUCAGUUACCUAUAGCAACUGGCAAUGCACACAGUGUUCAUCAUUAUACAUUCCCACAAAAUUGGCACCAUCCUGUCACACCACAGAGUUUCAAGUAAGUACUUUUGAAAUGUUUUCAUUUUAUCACAGAUACACUCUUGGCCCACAAGAACACAAGCUAAAAGAAAAUGGAAAAUUACAGCAUUGUCAUAUCAUACUGAUAAACUUUCUGCAACAAUAAAUGGUUGAAAUGUAGUUAACAACACUCUUUUUGUUGCUUGCCUCUUUUUAUUUGGCUUUUCUUAUCUUUUAUAAAUUCUUACUGGAUAGGGUGUAAAUGGGCCUCCUAUAUGGAGACAGCAGUUAAAAAGGAAGCGUUUUUUUUAUUCCACAUUAUCUUUCUUAAGAGGUUGAUUAGUAAGUGGGGGGAUUGUGCAUCGGCAACAUCUUCCUGGCUUGAAUUAUAUCAUCUAUUGAUGUUGCCUUGAAUGUUAUUUUUGGUAUUCUUUUGCAGUAGUUAUAAUCUACACAGCAGUGACGUUUGGUAUGGAGACUCCCCUCUGAUGGAUGGGGUAAAUUGUUUUAUUAUUAUCUUCCUAAUCUUUUUUUACUCAUAAUAUUCAAUCCAUCAGUUUUGCUGAGAGGUCAUUUAUUGUAUGAGCCAUACCUACAAAUCUGCAUUGUUUGAUAUGUACAUCCCCCCUCUCCCUUGAACAUGCUUGCCAUGUUUUCAAUUGUCUUAUUUUGAAAACAUGUUUAUCUCAUUGUGUAUUCAGCUUGGAGCUUUAGAUGUUAGUGGUGAUGUUAUUGAACAAGAUUCAAAAGUGACGUCAAGCACAGAAGGUAACAUUAUUCUUAGCCCUCUGUUCCGUUGCAUUUAAAUCUUACUUUUGAAUGUCAAAAAUUGUUGAAAAAUUACUUUCACCUUAAACAUGUCAGUGUCAAGGACUAAAUUUAACCUAAUGAACUUGAUUUUUUUAAUUGCAGUAUCACCAUGGAAACCUCACUUGCCUCUUCCUCCUGUUUCAGAAUUUUUGAACAUAUCAGUAAGAAUUCUUAUUCAUAGCAUGAUACCCUAAAUUGCAUCUAUUAUUGACAACAGAGUUUUGUGAAAAAUCCUGACCAACAGGGACAAAUUCAAACAUAGAAAUUUAAAGUUAGAGCAUGAAAACAAAACAACAACAACAACAAAUUAAAAAGGCACUUUUUUAAAUUUUGUCCUCACUGGGCACGCAAAUCUUUCAACAGUACUCUUUCAUUUCUAGCAUGGAACUUCGAAAACUUUGAGAGAAAGCAUUAGUCCAAUGACAGAAGAAACAAGUCCAUUGAAUGCACCACCCACAAUUUUACCCGACAAGUGUAAACAAGUUACUGUAGCAAGCACCAACAUCAAAGGUAACUGUAAUCAAUUUGGAACAGAAUUUAGAUCAGUUCUUGGACCUUCUUUUAUUAUUUUACUAAGCAAACCCUUAUCAAGGGAUGGUGUCACCAGUUAGGGGGGGUAUCUAAGGGUUUAUGCGACUCCCUCUUUUUAGACAGAAAAGGUGAUAAUUCAGUCUCAAACAAGAAAAAUGUGGGUUGGUUGCCAGAGUGUGCCAUCCCACCCUUUCCUCCACUGGAAAAUUCAGUCUGUCCCUUUGAUAUACACCCCUCAGUGACAUCUGUUCUAUUACAACAGCAGUUCAAACUCAGACACCGUGGAAGUUAAAGAAAACUAAGUCUGCUUCAGAUGCUAAGGGUCAGAGUCAAAGAAAAGGAAAGCUCCGAAAAAUAGUUGACAAACUCGCAUAUGUCAAGCAAAAGAUGGUGUAAGUAACAACUUCCUAAUUAAGAAAGAGUUUUUCAUGGGAUAAUCUGAGAGUGUCUUUUACUCUCUAAUAGUGAAUUGGUUGUAGUUUGGGAUAGGUAGAAAAACAUUUUUUGAAGCACUGAAUACUAAUGCCCAUCAAAAAAAUGCAUCAUUGGUUUGAUCUCUGUUGUUUUUGCAAUUUUUGUCCAAAUGAAACCAACCUUAAUUGAUUAGUUUUGUAAAAUAUUUACCUACACUGGGUUGUUAAAGGUAUUCAAAGAAGAUAUUAAUUGUGCAUCAAAAGUAGUCAUUAUCAACUCUAAACCUGGAAAUAUUUACCGGAAAAAAUUAUGAAUUCUUGGAUCUUCUCAUAUACAGGCAGAAAGAAAGAGAGAGUGCCAUAAGAGAUGAACUUCAAAAUCUGAGUGCAAUUUUACCUUGUAAAGACUUGAGAAAUGGUCAUCCUUCAAGGAGGGAAAUACUUGAAACUGCAAUUAGUCACAUCAUGCAGCUUCAAGAAAACAUUAGAGAGGCUUAUCUCCAGAGAGGACUGAAAACAGAGGACUUGCAAGCUAUGUUACAAAACAGUGGCAUGUCCAGCUUGAACCAAAACUGUUUUCACAGCACAGCUGGGAAACAAAGUGAUGCAGCUAUGUUCUCUGAGGCAUCUAACAGCCUUUGCAGCACCCCUGAACUUGUCAUUGAAGAAAGCAUGGCAGCAAGCUCUGCAUCACCAUUCUCAGAUUUAAGCAGCCAAGGGUCAGAGAUAGAAGAGGAGGCUGUAGCUCGCCCCUCUGAAAAUGAAAGCACUACUGAAACACCUGUUAAUUAUAUCAAAAGGCCCAUGAAUGCUUUCCUUUGGUUUAGCAAGCAAUACCGUGGAGAAUUCAAGACACAGUAUCCUGGCAGAGAUAACCGGGAGAUUAGCACCAUCCUUGCUAAACAUUGGAGAAGCAUGACCCCUGAGCAGAAGGAGCCAUUUAAGGAGAGAGCAAGGGAAGAUAUGAGAAGAACAAGAGAGUCGUAUCCGGAUUUCAAGUACUGCAAAACCAGGAAAGAAACAACCCUGGCCCAAGCCUCAACCAACAGAAGUGAGAAGCCAGAUGGUUGGGGUCAAGGAUACAGGUUAGAAAAAGAAACUCAAAGAAAAAAAGAGUUUUAUAAGUUUAAAAUUGACAUAGAGUUUGAAAACUAUGUGAAGGAAUCGUAUCACUAGUCAUUUUUUUAAAAUAUUUGAGUAGUAAUUUCAGGUGUCUGAUACUUACAGGCAUAUGAGAGACAAAAAUAUAUAUUUUUUAUUCUGUUUUCUUCAUCAUACACUCUUUCAGGAUUGGUUCUCACAAUCUACGACACAGGUAUGUACAUGAAAGAUCUUGCUUUUGUUAGUUAGAGACGAAUGCAUGCUAAUCCUUAUAAUUUGGUGUUCCAUUCUCUUUCCAAGAAAACAAAAGUGGGUUUCCAAAUCUGUAAAUCUUAUGAUAUUUUGGAUUACACACUGAAGCCUAUAACUUUUCAGAGCUGGAUGUGAACUGGCAACAGAGUUAAUAUCUUUACUAAGUAUUUUGAUAACAAGGUGUUCCUCGACACCAGCAAUGUGAGUGAUUUAGGCAGUAAGUAAAUCAGCAAGUAAUCUUACAGGUUCAUUUGUAUGUAAUGUGUCAAUCAAUUUGGAGCUUUGACAUCCCCCCUUGUGUAACCCUUGGGCAUUUGAACUUUUAAAGAUUUUUUUGUUCAAAUUUCCCUCUUCCCCUCCCCCCUCCCCCACAUGUCAAAAAUUUUAUUCAAAUGCCCCACCCAAUAUUUUAGACAAAAUCAGCAACUGCAACUUUCUACACUUUGACCAAGAUUUAUAACCUUGACCUUUUUCUCUGAGCCAUUUACACAAGAAAGUGAACCACCAACCUUUAACACCUCCAUAUUUAGGGAUAUGACACUUUGGUGCUGUUGGAAAGAUUUGAAAAUUCCUGUUCAAAUUCCCCAUCCCAGCCAGGCAAGGUUCAAAUUUCCCACCCCCACAUGCCCAAGGGGAGGGGGUGGUGUUGAAGCUCUUACAAUUGAUUGGCACAUAACAGGGUGUGAAAUUGUGCCAAAUACAGGUGCCAAUGCCACUAAAUUGUUCACUUUGGCGACCAAAUCCUGAAAAUUAGUUGCCAAAUUGGAAACUAGAAUGCUUCUUCAUAACCUUACCUAGAGAUAUAGUGAAUUAAAAAGAUUUGCAAAGAUAAAUCCACAGCAAACUUCCUGGUUAAGUUUAUGUUCAGAACACAGCACACGCAUCUCAAUUGAUAACUAGACAUAAUCUUUGCUUUAGGUGAGCUUGAACAUUGUAUAUUAUCCAUCCUAGUGUCCACUUUGUAGCAUGUUAAAGAUCUUUUUCCUAACUUAAUUUUAGAGGGUCUAUCUAGAACGCUUACAGUGUAAAAAAAGGGUUUUGUUUGUCUUUUAAAAUGGGGACAAACUUUUUUUGAAUUGGCUACCACUUUGAAAAAUUUAGGAGCCAAGUGGCUAUCAGAAAAAAAUAAUAAUUUCAUGCCUUGCAUAAGCCAAGUGUUUUUGUCAUUGAUGACAAACUAUUGACCUACAUGUAUGGAACUGUAAGGAAUGCUGAAUACUUCACCUAUACUAACUUCAUUUCAUGCUUCAGAAAUACCAUUAUAAACACAACUGCAAAUGGCAAAGGAAAAACUCCUGUCACAAAGAAGGUAGAUGCUUCUUGCAAACAAAGUAAUUUGAAACCAAAAGGUAUGGUCUAAGUUCAUACAUUGAAAAGUGUUUGAUCCCAGCUUAUUCCUGCCAAUGGCAGAUUUUUUAUGCCCAAUAAAAAAAUUUUGCAUUUAUGCCCCGACUGACACACUGUUUUAGGAUAUGACUGUUAAAACUUGUUCAAAUCAAUGAAGAAAUGUCAAGUCUUAGAAUCUGUUCAUACUUCCUCAAAACCUCUGAUUUUAUGAAGCUGGCUUUUUUGGGGAACCCUUUGGAACAUCUUUAAAAUGUCCUCAGACAUCUUAGGGCAUCUGUAAAUAAUUAAGGAGUAAUUAGAACAAAUUCCAGCAUUUUAGGGAUGAAAAUAUCAUGACUUUGAGUCAAGAAAAUUUCAGGAACAAGAUGAUAGGAUUUAAGUCUGGUGAUUGAGAAGGAAGAUGGAAUCAUCAUUAUUCUGCUUUAAAAGUGUGUAUUGAUUUUCUAUGGGCAUGGCACCAAAAGGUGUCUGCAAUCCCUUUUUUUUAUUAUUAUUGCAAACUUAAGGUCAUCAGACAAAAGUUAAGUCAGAAACAACUGCACCAGGGACAACAGAGAAAGCAAGCACCUCUGCUGAAGAUGAAGUGAAGAUGAUAACAAAAGGAGUUACUCAAAAAGAAGAUGGAGACCAAGUUAGCAACUGUCUCAAAGACCAGAUCAAGAGUUCAUGUCAGGAUGGUGCCUCUGGAGCUGAGACAAAGUUUGAGUGGUGUUCCACUUCAUGUGACAACUGGGUUCAGUGUGAAAACUGUAAAAAGUGGCAUAUGUUACCUGAUGAUAGUAACCCCUCCAGUUUGCCUGACAAAUGGUGA